UAUUGAAUGAAGUAAAACAGGUGAGACAGGUGCGUGCCGUGCCCUGAUUAGAAAGAAUUUGCUGGGUUACAUAGGAAUCUUUUUGAGACUGUUUAAGAAGGAAACAAAAGCUAUUGCAAGAAUGAGUCUCAAGGAGAAUGUCAGAGAAUCAGUCGUUCCUUUGCUAUCUUUCGAUGAACAAACAUCAAACAACAUCAAUGACAACAACAACGAUUACACCAACAGUAAUAAGAACAAUAAUGAACCUCACAACAACAGCAAUCAGCAGCAACGAAACAGAGAAGAACACAGGCUCAACAUCGAAUCGCAAGAUCAACACGAACGACAACGACAACAACUACACCACAACAAUCGACGCAAAGAAAUAUUGAAAAUAAAUGCAGACGAAGACAUCCGCGAGACGAGAGGCCGCUACUACAUCUUGUCGCUAGUGGUACCACUGGUGGUCUUCAUGUUCGCCGUCGUGGUCCUCUGCUUCUUCAUCAUGUCCCCAAUUUUGGAGGGGAUGGCGGCCCGCAACGGCCUAGAACAACAACAACCUUCGGAAAAAAGCCCUUCACACUUUAUAAUGGGCAGCGAACAACAACAACCUCACAAGCCUAACGUGGCUUUUAGCGAUUCAUCAAAAAAUAACUCGACCAUGGCAGAAUUUAUAAAAUAUUGUAAAAAUUAUGGUCUAUUACCAACAUUUACUCGAAGUUCUGCGACCAACCGACGCAAUCUAACAAUCGAACAAGAUCGCGAGCAGCGACUGCUCCAUCUCUCUCGAGAAUUAGAAGUAGUUCUAAUAAGGAAGAACAGAAACGCCAAAAAAUCGAACAAAUCGAUAAAAUUUUCGGAUGAAACCGAACUCGGUGAAUCGGUGCGCGGAGGAAGUAAUCCUAAUAAUGACGUUAAUGAAAAUAAUGACGAUAAUGGCGGCAACCCAAACGACAACAAUUUAGUAGAAUGCCACUACUACAACUACGACAACAAUAGAGCCAACAACAACAACAGCAACAACAACGACCCCUCCGUCAGCCCGUACGUUUACGCCCGAGCCAUACAUUUCUACAUGCGCAAGAAAAAAAGCAAGAAGAGAGACAACAACAGCAACAAUAAUGACAACAACAACAUCAAUAACAACAAUAACAACAACAAAAACAACAGCAACAAUAAUAACCAAAACAAAAAUUACAAGAGUUAUAAUUCCAACAACGGUAACGGUAACAACGGCAACAACGGUAAUAGUUAUAAUGACAAUGAUUAUAACGGUAAGAAGAAGACCAAAAAGAGACACUGCACGUGUGUAUGCGCCCAACAUCGCCCACGCAAGAAUAAAAAAAGUAGAAACAACAACAACAACAACAACAACAACGUCAUCAAUAACAACAACGAUUACAAUGAUGUCAUCGAUAGCAAAGACCACCACAACAACAACCAAGCCUGCAACAUCGCCAAGAAUAUGUACAACAACAACGUCAUUUUUAUAGACAAGGAUGGAUGCAUUCAAAAAAUGGCAGACGAUGACUACAACUACAAUAAUAAUUAUAAUAACAAUAAUAACAACAACAAUAAUAAUAAGAUUAAUAAUAAUAAUAUCAUUAAUAAUGACACCCUGGUACCUCUUAGCGAACAAAGCACAUAA